AUGACAAAAGGACAUAAGAUCAUAGUCGAUGGUAUUGGUCAACUCAUGUUGGUUCGUCAGCAUGUUCCUCUGCCGCUUCCAGAGCCGUCAAGGAAAGAGAGGCGUUCGGAAAUUUUGGAAAUGGUUGCAGAUACUGCUGAAUAUGCCCACGACAGCGAUGAUGACGUCAUGCCUAUAGAGCCAGUAAUUUAUGCCAAGAAUCUUGUGUCGCAACCGAAAUAUGAUGGGUAUCAUAAAAUAGCCUCGUCGGAAGCAAAGUUUCACGUUGGGAUAGAAGGGCGACGGAAAGCCUCUACCAACAAUUUGUGGUAUCCGAAUCAGGUAUGGUAA